AUGAGCGGGCGCAGGGGCGAUCGGGACCGCGGUCGCGGGGGAGACCGCGGCGGCGGCGGCGGCAACGGCGGCGGCGUUGACGAGGACAUGUAUGACGAGCAGGAGGGCGUCACCAUCACCACGUCCAAGGGCGUGCGGGCCGUCAAGUCGUUCGACGACAUGGGCCUGAGGGAGGACCUGCUGCGCGGCAUCUACAACUACGGCUUUGAGAAGCCCUCCGCCAUCCAGCAGCGCGCCAUGCUGCCCAUCUGCCAGGGCCGUGACGUCAUCGCGCAGGCCCAAUCCGGGACGGGUAAGUCGAGCCUCAUCGCCAUGGCCAUCUGCCAGAGGAUCGACACCAAGACGCGCGAGGUGCAGGCGCUGGUGCUGUCCCCCACGCGCGAGCUGGCGCAGCAGACGGAGAAGCUGGUGCUGGCCAUCGGGGACUUCAUGAACAUCCAGGCGCACGCCUGCGUGGGGGGCCACAGCAUAGGCGAGGACAUCCGGAAGCUGGACCACGGGGUGCACUGCGUCAGCGGCACCCCGGGGCGCGUCAACGACAUGUGCCAGCGACAGGUGUGUGUGUGUGGGGGGGGGCUGACUGGGGCCCGCGUGUGA